AUGACCACCAUCCUAAUUGUUCCUGGCGCUUGGAUCGCUCCGGCAUUCUACCGGCCAUUUAUUCAAGCCCUCAUGGUCGCUGGCUACGAUGUCCACUUCGCGGGUUACCCCUCGUUCAAUCCCGAGGACCCGUCCACCACCACUUGCCAGACCGACGCCGAUGCCAUUACUGCCCCUCUCAAGUCCCUCGUAGAGGAUGAGGGUAAAGAUGUUCUGGUCUUUAUGUACUCCUAUGGCGGCAUGCCCGGCGCCGCGGCAGCUACUGGCCUAGCCAAAUCGCAGCGGGCGCAAGAGGGCCUACCUGGUGGCGUCAUUGGAUUACUAUUCCUAGCGUCAUUCAUCGUACCUGAAGGGCUUAGUUGUGCCGGUCUGCAAGGUGGAAACUUGCCCCCCUGGAUCUUGGUCGAUCAGCCCUCGGCGAAUCUCAAUAUCGUGGAUGAUCUUAUUCACAACUUUGCUGCCGAUGUCGAUCCGGCAUUGGUGCAGUCCCUCACCGCAGAAGUCAAACCGCAUUCUACCUUAUCGUUCACCUCGCCACAGCCCCAUCCGGCCUGGGCGGAUGAGGCCUUCCAAGGCCGAUUGGCGUUUAUCGUCACCACUGAGGAUCGUGCGGUACCAAAGGAGGCACAAUUCGGCAUGAUGGCCGCCACGCAGAAGACGUGGAUCGUUAAGGAACUGGCGUCCAGUCACUGCGCACCAUUCCUCAAUCGGAUCGACGAGACAGUGGGACUGACUCGGGUGAUCAUCGACCAAUUCCUAUAA